AUGACAGCUGCUAUACACAAGGGGUGGAUCGUUAUCUCGCCCGAUUUCCUAGGCCCUGAAAGCGCAUUCCUGGCCAACAAACUGGCGGGACAUGCCACGCUCGACGGCAUCCGUGCCGCCCUCAAGUCGGCCGACUUCACGGGCGUUUCCAAAAGCCCGACGCCCGAAUACGCCCCUGAGUUGAAGAUUGCCGGCGCCGCUGUCGGUGGUCUAGUGCCGAGCAUCGCCACCACCCUUGCUACCGUCAACGGGGCGGCCAACGCAGGCCUCGUCGCAGGAGGCAUCCUCGGCUUAACCAAGGUAUACUCGGAGCUUCGUCAGAUAGUUGACAAGCAUAUUCUGCCUAAAUACCGCAAACCAUUUUACAAGGCUCUUAAGCAGUGCUCCCUAGCCAACGGAAAAGAACUUUUCGGCCAAGAUGUCAUGGCCAUGUUCGACGACCGAAACCUGAUAUUGACCAACCCGAAAAUAACGGGAAUCCUGCACGAGAACGACAUCGGGAAACACACUCCUCGGAUUCCUCUGUUCGCGUAUAAGGCCGUUGCCGACGAGGUCAGCCCGAUUAACGAGACGGACAAGCUGAUUAACAAGUAUUGUACGGAAGGCGCCAGCAUAGUGUACGAGCGCUACGAGGCAUCGACACAUAUAGAUGCGCUUCUCACGGCUGCGCCCAAGGUGCUAGCGUGGCUGGACGAUAUUAUGAACCACAAAAAUCACCAGAAAGGGUGCAAGACUAGCACAAUGCUACUGUCGCAAUGA